UCCAAAUCCAGAUAUUCAUCAAGUUCCUGUUAUUGACAAUUAAACAUGUUCCUUGCUCGAACACUCUACCAGUACCUCUCUGCGUCCCUUAUCGCUCCCAGUUUAAGCGCCGUCUAGCCAGGAUAAGGCGCUAAUAUUUUUCCAACUUGAAAACGUAUAAUCAAUUUUGCUUUGAACGAGCCAAGUGAGGCAAUAAUCGGCGAAGAAUGGCGCAUUCAUUAGUAUCCUCAUCGGCCUCUUCCCUCAGAUUCAGCUCUCUCGUCUUUUCUCCAAACCCUAGCACUACUUCCGAUUGCCAGAAGCUUUCUUUACCUUUUGAGCCUCUUCGUUCCAGGAAAGUGGGAAAGUUGAGUAGUUUUAGAAAGAAUUUUCAGCCAUCUCCAACAAAGGCUGUUUAUUCUGGCGAGUUUUGGGCACCUCAGAGAACUUCUCGAAAGGGGAUUUGGUCUAUAAGGGAUGAUUUGGAAAUCCCAUCUUCACCUUAUUUCCCUGCAUAUGCCAAUGGACAAGGUCAAGGACAAGGGCCACCUCCAAUGGUGCAUGAGAGGUUCCAGAGUGUUGUUAGUCAACUUUUUCAACAUAGAAUUAUACGCUGUGGUGGAGCUGUUGAUGAUGACAUGGCAAAUAUUAUUGUUGCUCAACUUCUUUAUCUUGAUGCAGUUGAUCCUAAUAAGGAUAUUGUAAUGUAUGUAAAUUCUCCAGGAGGAUCAGUUACAGCUGGCAUGGCAAUAUUUGACACAAUGAGGCAUAUCCGACCUGAUGUAUCCACUGUCUGUGUUGGGCUUGCAGCCAGUAUGGGUGCUUUCUUGCUUAGUGCUGGGACCAAAGGGAAAAGGUACAGUUUGCCAAACUCAAGGAUCAUGAUCCAUCAGCCUCUGGGUGGAGCUCAAGGUGGGCAGUCUGACAUUGAUAUUCAGGCAAAUGAAAUGUUACAUCAUAAAGCAAACCUGAAUGGGUAUCUUGCCUACCACACUGGUCAAAGUCUUGAGAAGAUCAACCAGGACACAGACCGUGAUUACUUCAUGAGUGCAAAAGAAGCCGCAGACUAUGGGCUUAUUGACGGUGUUAUCACAAAUCCUCUCAAAGCCUUCCAGCCACUGGCAGCUGCAGCAGAUCAACAAUGAGCAGUCUUGUGUAAAAUUCCUCGAGGCAUUGCAUACUUUUUAUUGUAGAGUAAAUCAGAAAGAUCAAAUUUGCUAUUCUUAGUUAACUCGGAUGCUCAUUGGUGUACUGGAGAAUAAAGAGCAUUUGUUUGCUGUUAGUCCUAACAGAACUUGCACCUCCUUAAAUUUUCCCCUUCUAACUACCCCCCUUGAAAUUUUUGGAUGCGAUUUCAAAUUUCACAAUCAAAGCUUGAGAAAGUGAUCAGAUUUUAGGUAA